UGCUACUUCCAUGUCGCAACUCACUCAGAAAUUAACAAGUACCAAUCGAGAUGGAGAAGUGAUUUUAAGCAUCAGCGAUGAACAAAAAAUUCAGUACUUAAGCCAAAACUUUGAAGCAGAUGCAUACAAAUAUGGUUACGAUGUCAACCCACAUGGACAAUUUCAUCACGAAAUACGUGGCCUACAUGGGAUUACCUAUGGAUGUUAUGGCUACGUUGAUCCCUUUGGCCAUCUAAAAACAACGUUUUAUAUCAGUGACGGAUGGGGUUAUCGCGUUGUUCAACCAGGGAAAGACGUGGAACUUUUCCUUCACAAGCAUGAACAUCAUGAAAACGGAGACAAACAUGAUCAUCACGAGCAUCAUGGUGUGAUUACACCAUGGCGAGAGUUACAUUUCCCCAUGGUGUGUGCGCAAUACACAAGCACGAACAUUCCAUCAAGUGAAGGAA